ACCGCAGCGAUCCAAUCGAUCUCUCAGGUGCAGACGGGUUCAAUGAUCCCGAGCUACAAAAGGCAAUGGAGGCCUCGAUGCAAGACCAACGUCCGCAAAGGGGUCAGGGUGCAAGACAAGGUGCUGGGGUAAGUGGGCGCGCGAGCUUCUCCAGUGAUGAAGGCUGUUACGGCUACAGCGACGAGGAGGAUGACGAUGACUUGGACAUGGAGACAGAUGCCGACGCAGAGCAGGACGACGAACAGGGCGCAGAGCAUGCAAGGCCUCAGAGGAGAGGCUUGGGAGCCAAGCGCAAGCAGACACACCAGCAGCAAAUGUAUGGCAGGAAGAGCACAGGCAAGCGACUCCAUUACAGCUGCAAUACCUCUCGUGGCGCUUGGUCACCUCCUGAUAUACCUGCUAGCCAAUUCAGCGACAACAACAGCGCAGCGACAGAAGACAAGGACUGGGCCCUAGGCCAGCAACGUCGCCAAGCCCCACCGCCCGGGCCUGUUCGCCAUUCUCUACGUUUACGAGAUGCAGCAUGCAGGGAGGGUCACGAGAGGAUCUGUAGCUCCAGCGUCUCAAAUUCUCUCACCUCAUUUGGGCCGCGUAAGGCCACGCUGCGCCAACCCAGCCCUCCGCAUCCCUACAAAGACGACAUCUUCACGCCUCAGAAAUGCACGAGCCAGAAGCGGGCGCUGACCAACCUUGCUACAGCCAAGGCCCGGGAGGUUGCUCAAGCAGGCGCUGUCAAUAGCGAUGGAGGCGGCUGCGAUUGCGAAAAUGAAGCUGGACCCUCCAUGAGCCGCCGAGGCGCUUCCAAUUCGGGCAGAACCACCAAGCCCAGGGCUGCUACUGUCAAGAAGCCUAUCCCCAAACCGAGUCUCCCGCUGGAGAGCAGCAGCGACGAGCAUGGCGCCAAUGGCGAUGACGACCGACCACCUCGUUCCCUCUUCGACCUCGUGGCCAAGCAGAGGCAGAACUCGAAGUUCACGCAUCGCAAAAUGGGCAGGAAUACGUGGGCGAACAAGCUAGCAAGCGCAAAUGCGGUAUGCAUCAAGCGACGUGGCUGGUCUGCUCUUCAAAUCUUUUCGCUCGUACAUCUACUCCACUUCACUCUCGUGCACCACCCUUACGUAUCGGGGUCGGACCGGUCGACGAUGAAGUCAUUGGCAAGCAAGCUUCCGUCUUCUAUGCUGCUCGUGCCUCCGACCAAGCCCAGGCGCAGGCGCGACACGCUGUCCUGGUCUUGCCCUUUGGCAGCUCUGGUCCUCAAUCGUCCUCCAUGCCCGUCUACGCCUUCAACAAUCUUACCCCACUGCAAGGCACCUGACCGGCGCUGACCCUUCAUUUCUCCCUUUCCUCGCACCCGCCGCAGGAGAUGUCCGACGAGGAGGCCAUGGAGCAAGCAAUCAAGGCGAGCAUAGGAUUCGACCAGCAAAACGCCUUUCAGGCUCCACAAGAUUUCCAGCUUCCGCCACAGAGGCGACAAGAUGGGCACCCAACCGCUCUUCUGUCGCCCAUCCCUGUCCUUUCCAGCAUCGCUCUC